UUGGAAAGACGUGCAGUAGUCUUCCAUUUAGACAGUAGGGGGAGUAGCACAAUAGAGGUACUGUUUAAUUCUCAACCGAAGAAGCGUCACUUCCGCCAGCUGUUGCCACGGUAACCAGAAAUGGCGCCGGGAAGCCAGGCAAUCCUGUCGUCCACCCCUCUGCAGGUCCUCUUGUACCUCAACAGCUGGUACUUUGGAGCUUUCUACCUGGCCCAAGUUCUCAUGUUCAUCUAUAAAGGUAUUUUACUGCCAUACCCGACUAAUAAUCUGGUUUUGGAUGUGGCAUUGCUGGUUCUCUUUCUCGGAUUGGAGAUACUCAGGAUCUUUUAUGCCUGGAAGGGCAACUUGUGCGAGCACUCCCUCACCACGGCCGUGUCGCUCUUCCUGUUGCUGCCGUGCGCCACUCUGGCUGCUUACUUCCUGCUGCUGCAGACCUUCGUCCUGCGUUUAGAGUUCCUCCUCUGCAUCGUGCUCCUCUGCUUCUACACCCUCCAGUUCUUGCUGGGCGUCCUGGCCUUGUCAGCCUUCUCUAGGACGAAAGUUUAUUGACAAGCACAAAGCAGUGACAUCACGUCUGAUUCUGAUCAUGUCAUUGGGAUUGUCUGUGUAAAUACAUCUUUGUCUUUGGAAUGUUUUCUACUUUUAUACAAAAUGACCAGUGCUGCCUUGGCGUGUUCCUUCUGACCAAGCAUGCGCCAUGAGCCGUCAGCGCAGACGUACACAUGUUUGUGGUAAACAACAAUCUGACAAUAAAUUUGUUUUGUCAGGUGACUUCUUUUGCACCAGGUGAGCAGCAUGAUGGUCAAAUACCUACAUAUUUUGACUUCGAUCAUAUUUCUUUACGGACCUUUACAGUGCACUUACUAGAUGUUUGUG